CGCCACCUUUAAACGUCACGUGCGGCGCUCUGCUUCUGGACUCCAAGGUUUGAACAUGUCGCUCCUGAAGGGAGUGGCGGAGAAGAAUACCCGAGCGGGUUUUAGAGCUGAGAGGAGAGAGGUCGAUGCUGCAGUACCUCAGGGGCUGUUAAAGGCAGCGAGGAAGAGCGGCCAGUUAAACCUGUCGGGUCGGAAUCUCAGUGAAGUACCUCAGUGUGUCUGGAGAAUAAAUGUGGAUAUUCCUGAGGAAGCUAAUCAGAAUCUUUCAUUCAGUACUACUGAGCGAUGGUGGGAGCAGACGGAUUUGACCAAACUAAUCAUAUCCAACAAUAAACUUCAGUCACUUACAGAUGACCUACGACUCCUGCCUGCACUCACUGUUCUUGAUAUACAUGAUAACCAGCUGACAUCCCUUCCUUCUGCUAUAAGAGAGUUAGAAAAUCUUCAGAAACUUAAUGUCAGCCAUAACAAACUGCAAAUACUACCUGAAGAAAUUACAAAGCUAAGAAACCUGAAAGGCCUAUAUCUCCAGCAUAAUGAACUAACUUGCAUACCAGAGGGAUUUGAACAACUUUUCAAUUUAGAAGAUUUGGAUAUUUCCAACAAUCGUCUUACAACUGUUCCUGCUAGUUUUUGUUCUCUCUCCAGUCUGGUGCGACUUAAUCUUUCCAGCAAUCAACUGAAGAGUUUGCCAGCAGAAAUAAGUGGAAUGAAAAAAUUAAAGCAUUUGGAUUGUAACUCAAAUCUCUUAGAAACGGUACCUCCUGAAUUGGCUAACAUGGAGUCACUAGAAUUGCUUUAUUUGCGGAGGAAUAAAUUACGUUUUCUACCAGAAUUUCCUUCUUGCAGAUUAUUAAAGGAAUUACAUGUAGGUGAAAACCAGAUUGAAAUAUUAGGGCCAGAACAUCUUAAGCAUCUGAAUUCUAUCCUUGUGCUAGACCUGCGGGAUAAUAAGAUAAAAUCUGUUCCAGAUGAGAUUACACUGCUACAGUCUUUGGAGAGACUUGACCUAAGUAACAAUGAUAUUAGUAGUCUACCCUGUUCAUUGGGAAAACUUCAUUUGAAAUUUCUGGCACUAGAAGGAAAUCCUUUAAGAACCAUACGAAGAGAAAUUAUAAAUAAAGGAACCCAAGAAGUCUUAAAAUAUCUGCAAAGCAAGAUUAAAGAUGAUGGACCAAGCCAAAGUGAUUCUGUUAUUGAGACUGCCAUGACACUACCAAGUGAAUCCAGAGUCAAUGUACACGCUAUCGUCACAUUAAAAAUAUUAGACUAUAGUGAUAAACAAACAACUUUAAUUCCUGAUGAAGUAUUUGAUGCAGUGAAAAGCAACAUUAUCACUUCUGUUAACUUCAGUAAGAAUCAGCUAUGUGAAAUUCCUAAAAGAAUUGUGGAACUGAAAGAAAUGGUUUCUGAUGUCAGUCUCAGUUUUAAUAAGCUUUCCUUUAUAUCCUUGGAAUUAUGUAUGCUUCAAAAAUUGACUUUUUUAGAUCUCAGGAACAAUUUUUUAAAUUCUUUGCCUGAAGAAAUGGAAUCACUGAUAAGACUACAAACAAUUAAUCUAUCCUUUAACAGGUUCAAAAUACUACCUGAAGUUCUGUAUCACAUCCCCACACUUGAAACAAUUUUGAUUAGUAACAAUCAGGUUGGAUCUGUAGACCCUCAGAAAAUGAAGGCAAUGGAAAAUCUGAUGACAUUGGAUCUUCAAAAUAAUGACCUCCUACAAAUUCCACCAGAGCUUGGUAAUUGUGUGACCUUAAGAACACUACUACUAGAUGGAAAUCCAUUCCGUGUUCCUCGAGCAGCCAUAUUAAUGAAAGGAACAGCUGCUAUUCUGGAAUAUUUGAGAGACCGGAUUCCUACUUAAAUUGAGAGGAGGAAGCAAUAUAAUAACCUGACAUGGGACUAAUCUUUAAAGCCACAUGAAAGACUGCUUUAUACUAGGGACAGGUAAGUGCAUCUCUUUCUGAGGGAAGUAAAGCACAGUAGGGUCUUCACAAGUUAUGCCUUAGAAUUUGAUAUAUGAUAAAUAAGACACUGCUUCUUUUCAUUUCUGAUAUGGUCUCCAAAAUCAGGUAGCAGAUGCCUGGAGGAAGACUAAUUGGUGUGUAUUAAGCUAAAGAAUGAUUAGCUUCUUUGUGCCUUUGUACUGGUCUUGGACAGAGUUGAGUUCCUCCUGGCUGGGAGGCCCCCUGACACAAUUGUAUUUAAUAGUUUUACCACAUCCGUUCAUUCUUCACACAAGAAUUUAAAACUGUUGUAACACGUGUCAUGAUGUAUUGAGAAUUUAAAUUUGAUUCCUUCAGUUUUUUUAGUCAAUUUGGUUUCUCCUCUCAGUUUUCUUUGAGGUGUGUAAGUGAUUCCCUGCUUUAUCAUGUACCCUAAGGAGUUAGAGACAUAACUUUCAUAGAGUUUUCUCUAGUUUAGCAGACAGUUCAGCACAUAGUUCACAAAAGAACAAUCUUGGCACUAUUAGGAAGUUUAUUGCUUUCAGCUCUCACAAGAAUUUGGAAAUACAAAAGCUGACUUAAUGAGUGGAAUUAUGAUGUCUGCAUAGUAGGAAUGUGGUAAGUCUAGAGUUCAGGUCCCGACUGUAGUUAAUAAAAUUGUAUUAAAUAGUGGAGAUUCACUAAAAGGAUAGAUUUCGGGUGCUCUCACCACACAUGCACACACACACACACACACACACACACACACAAACAUAAAAGGUAACUGUGAGGAGAUGAGUUAAUUAUCUUGAGUAGUAAUAAUUGCACUAAUGUACUUAUAUAUCGAAUCCUCAUGUUGUACACCUUAAGUAUACACAAUUUUAUUAAAAAAAAAAACCAACUAAAAAACAAGGGCAUCACACCCCAUAGCUGUUAAGUAAACAUUUCCAUUUAAUAGUGCAAAAAAAAAAAGAUGGCUUUUUCAUGUUGGCCAUUGAAUAUAUAUAUAGAUAUUGGGCUUUUCCCAGUAGUUUUCAAAUUCAUGUCCAGCAAUAUGCCCAAAGUGGUACUUGAGGGUCAGGAGCCCACUGGUUAAGUACUGAAGAAGCACAAUCUCAUUUUCAGCUGUAAGCAUGCUUCACAAUUCAUUGCAAAUCGUUUUAAUAAACUUACAUUUUCUAAUUUGAUGCACAGAGACACUAAAUGGCUCCAAGGGAAAAGCCAGUACUUCAUCUGGCAACCUAUUUUCCAGACCAUGGUUGAACUGCUAUACUUUCUGAACUCAUCUUUAUUAUACAGUUGUUUCACUUCUAGGCUAAUUCUAACCUGAGUUUUAAAAAAAAAAAAAAAAAAAAAGCCUUAAUUAAAACCUCAAAGAACAAACAAAAACGCUGGGAUUUUGUUCGAUGUAAAACGUAUCUGCUAUUUCUAUUGCAAGUGUCAUUCCUGGUGAUAUUUUUCCCUCAGAAUAAUUUACGGGAAUUUAGAUGGCUACUGCUUCCUAGUGCUUAGAGGUGUUGCCCUAUGGAAUUGCAAACAGUGAAGGAUCUGGGAUAAGCUCCAUGGGCACCUCCACUCUCUCUCUGGACGGCAUGCGUGAGACUUGGUCUGUAUCUGCAUACUUCCAGGCACUCUUUGAUGUUUUACUUCCUAAAAAAUUUUAUUAUAAGUGCUGCUCAGGUUGCUUUACUUACCGAACUCUAAUGGGUCCUGUUCUGUUCAUAAACACAAAGCAUCCUUCUAACAGUGGGGCGCUUGCUAACAGUAAAGAGUGUGAUCUUUUCCUUGUCUGUAAGUGCAUAUGUAUUUAGAAUAUCUAAGUUCACCAGAAUUAUGUGCAUUUUUCUUGUGUUUAAAAUACAAAUGAAUUAUUUUAGAGCAAAGUUUCUUGAAACACCAAAGAUUCACUGUUCUAUUCUCUCCUUUCCUCAGAUUGAUCUCUUUAAGCGGCACAGUAGACCUUUGUUGGUAAGCUUCAGUGCUCUCCCUCCAGAAAGGAGGAGAUGCCCUUCAGCCCCUCUGACUGGCCCUUACAAGAUAAUCCCCUGGAAGAACAAAGCCAAGUGAAAGUGGAAGGUCAACUCAAUUAGCAUAGUGACGAUUCCUCCCUGCUAUGGAACAUUGUAGAUGAGGACUACAGUUAUUUCUAUUCCCAUUGUCACCUGAGACAUUGUCCCUUCUUGGAAAAGAACAUACAUGUAGGACAGGAGCCUGCCUUCCUAAGGGAAUAGAAAACUUCCACACCCACAUUAUAAAAACAGUAAAACUUAAUGGGUGUUUGGGUGGCUCAGUUGGUUAAGCAUCCAACUCUUGAUUUUGGCUUAGGUCAUGAUUUGAGGGUCUUGGGAUCUAGCCCCACAUCAGGCUCUGAGCUCAUUGGGGAGUCUGCUUGAGAUUCUCUCCCUCCUCUCGUGCCCUUCCAUCCCCAGUCCUCUUUUUCUCUUUUGCUCUCUAAAAUAAAUUUUAAAAUAAAUAAAUAAAAACAAUAAAGCUGAAAGGAAACAAUUUGCCAUCUUUAUUAGACUAAGAGAGAAAGUGAUAAUACGUUGUUCUUUGUUCUCCCCUCAUAUUUUAUACCUACACAGCAUGUAUUAGAUUUUCUGUGUCUGUCUCCCCACUACACUGUUUCUUGAGAGGGGGGACCGUGGCUUACUUCUGUCUCCUACUGUUCUCAAAAUCCCUUGCUCAUAAAUAAUUUUGAUUAAAUUGGAUGGUACAGCAAGACAAAGAUAAAUCGUUUCAAUUACUGAUAACUUUUUAAAAAGGAUAAGCACAGAGAUUGGCUAGAGAGCAACUCUCAGGAUGGUCCAGAGGAAGACCUGGGUGAGAAUGCUUAAAGAGCUCUCUAAGCUAGCUCUGUUCUAGCCCACACAUAGGCCUGGAUGUAUCCUCUCAGUAUGGGUACAUAUUGGAGGGGGGGUGGUAAACAUGCUGGAAGUAUUUAUGGAAAGUUUAAAAAAGAAAAGAAGAAAUUAUAGUAUUUUAACUUAGAGUAGUUUAUGAUGAUCUAGGUCCCUAGAUCACAGGGAUAGUCACUAUCAUUUUUCAGAAAUAAGCAAAAACCUAAAAAAAAAAAAAGUGACUGACGUGUGUGUGUGUGUGUGUGUGUGUGUGUGUGUUUAAGAGACAGAGUCCCAAGUUUGAAUUUCUCUGGGAAAUGGUGACAAACCUAUAUUUGUGAUGUUUGCCAGCAACUUUCAUGUUUUUAAAAAGAAUGUAUCUAUCAUAGUGAUGACCUUCUAGAGAAAUCUGUCUUGAUCAUAACAAGACUAUGUGAUUCUGUCAAGUGCAAAAUAAUUAUUGCUAAGUUGAACGACACCACAAGUAUGGCUGAAGAAUUGUGUUCAAAGGUCAAUCCCCAAAGAAGGUUGAAUGAAUUUCUUAAGAAAGAGCACACUAAAUUUGUGGUUCCUGAUCCUGGGGCUAGAAGGAAAUGGUUUCCUUUGGAGGAAAACACCAGAGGAUUUAGUAGUUUCACAUAGACUUCAGAAAAGAAGAACAUGUUUUCCUUUUAUUUUUGCUUGGGGUUGGAAGAAGAAAAGAUAAAUGGCUGGAAGAGAAACAGCAUGAACCCACAAAUAAAUAGGGCUUGGAUGGAAUUAACAAAGGAGAGCCCGAAACAAGGGUGCUGGCUAAGCUGUGAGGGUGAGGAUAUAAUUAGCUUAGAAGAAGUAAACAGUAACAUCUGGCUUUUAAAACUAUGAUCCAGCCAUCAGAGGCCCUGCAGUUCCAAAUAUUUAAGAACCAAAAUAGCUUGAGGACACGUCACCCAAACUGCCAGAGGCUCUCUACCUCCAGUACCUAGACAUUCUGACUGAAAGAAGGGAGGAGGCGAAGAUUUUAAACCACCCUUUGAAUCUGAUGAUCACUUUAUGAGAUAUCUUUUGCAACACAUUCCUUGAUUUACUUUAUAUUUAGGUAAAAUAUGAUUAUGCUAAUUACAUAGUUAAAAUGAAAAAUUAGGAGUUGAUAUUAGAUGCCUAUCAUUGCCAGAUGUCAUCUGGAAAUAAAGCCACACACAGAUAGACACAUAUUUAGACUCGACUAGUUGUAGAAUUAUGUAAGGAAGCCUGUGCUAGGCAUAUUUAAAUCCCAAUGUUUAAGUUUUAAAGAGCUCAUUUAAAAAUAUGUAUUGUAAAUAAUUUAUAGCAGCUUAUCUUUCACAUAUUUAGAAUGAGCAUAUCUGAAGGAAGCUUGGUUAAAAUAACGGCAGAUAGGCACAAAAUAUUUGAAAAUCAAAAGCAAAUUAGAGGACUAAUAAAAUGGCAGGUGUAAUAACCUGAACAAUUGGGAAUAUCAAAACUAAAUCACACAUUUCACCAAGGCUUAGAGAGCAGUCAGUCUCUCUCUCUCUUUCUCUCCCCUUAUGAUUGGGUCUCUCUAUGACUGGGAUACAACCAGAGAGGUUUAGUCAAAAAAUAUAGAAACUACUUAAAAUACGGCCAAAGCUCUUACUGUAUUGUCUUACAUUGUUUAAACCUAAAGGGUUGUUUCAAAUUAAUUAUCUCAAUAGAGUAUAGAAAUGGAUGUUAACAGUUUUAUCAACAGUUGAUUAACAGUUAUUCACAGUUACAUCAGCAAAACAGGUAUGAGAAUGGACUGUCCAGUGUGUGUGGUCAUCCAGGCUACAGAAUUGCCAAGACAAGGAAAUAAAAUAGGGAUAUAAGGGCUCCAUCUAGUGGCGGCUUUUCCUAAGUGCAGAUAUGUCCUAAAAAGUGUGUGGCUCUGUCCAAUUGUAGAUGAGGAUAGUAUAUAUCAGAUUUAAGCCCUGCAAUUGAAAUGGAGGGUCUUAUUGGGAUGAAACACAUGUUUUGUUGCUUUAUCAGGAUGGGUUACUGAGUUAAGUAGCAGCCUCUUCUCUGGAGGAAAUUAAAAAUAACAUUAGUUCUUUCCAGAAGGUAGACAGAUGAGCCAGAUCCUCUCAAGGUCAUUUUUUGUUUUAUGAUAGAGCAAUAAUUUUCCUCAUUUCCCCCCAGAAUUUACCUAUGGCUAUAUUAUUUGAUAUUAGCCUUUAUUUCAGAAAACUACCUGUUUUUUUUUUUUAAAUGGGAUAACUUUAGUGGGUGAUUUUCCUUAUACUGUGAAGUUGCAUGUCUAAAAAAUUAUUCACUACAUUAUGAAAGUAGUUUCUGAAAAUAAAUAGCAGUGAAAUGAAAUGUGA